AUGGCAAUUCACAACUACAUUAGAAUGAAAGGUCAUUUUGAUGAAGCAUUUAACAAAGCACAACAAGAAACUUAUCGUCCAACUCGAGAUGUUGAAAGUGAUAUAUCUAUCAGAAUUAAUGGAACACAAGAAGACAUAACUACACGUCGUAGGCAAGACGAUCUGUAUAUGAGUUUGGAAGCUAUAGUGGAUUUCAAUGGCAGUUUUUUGGCUCAUGUAUGUGAUCUUGCCACCAUGAGAAAGAAGCUCAAUGUUUUAGGUGUCCACUUGACAAGUUCAAAAUCAAUGGUUGGAAUUACUGGAGUUGUUUCGAACUUCAUAUGGUCGUUGGAAUGUUUCAUAAUGGUAUUUGAUAAGCCUAAUAGCCAACAACCUCAACAACAGCUAUGCCGUUAUAGGAUGGAGAUACCAAACUAUGGUAAAUAUGUGAAUUCCGAUAGUGAAGACGAGAACAACGACUCAAAUGAGGAAGAUUGGUUAGAUGAUGAGAAACGGUUUUUACUACUAUGCGGUUUAGUCGUCAAAGGGGUGAUGGUAGUACAUAAUAUGAUGAAUAUCCCACGUAUCCCUUGUCGCACUUCCUGUCGUACAGGAAAUAUUUUUAUUCAAGAAAUACUCAAUGGUCAUCCUAGGCGUUGUUUUGAAGAUUUCAGGGUACAUGUUGAUGUUUACAAGAGCUUAUGUUCGGAUCUUAGAAUGCACUACAACCUAAAGGAGACACGUAAUGUAUCUAUUGAAGAGUUUGUUGGUAUUUUUUUGUUGAUAUUAGCACAUGGAUGUGGAAAUAGACUAGCUCAAGAAAUUUUCAAUCAUUCAGGGGAAACUAUUCAUAGACAUUUCCAUCAUGUUUUAAGAGCGGUGCUUAAGCUUAGCGGAGACAUCAUCAUGCCUAAAGCAAACUACAAUAAUGAAGUACCUCCACAACUCUUAAACAACUCUCGGUAUUACCCCAUGUUCAAGGAUUGCAUUGGUGCUAUUGAUGGGACACAUGUUAAGGCAUCAGUUCGAGAGCAUGAACAAGCAAAAUAUAUUGGUAGAAAAGGAUAUGCAACCCAAAAUAUCAUGGCAGCAUGUGAUUUUAAUAUGUGUUUUACAUUUGCAUGGGCGGGAUGGGAAGGCACUGCACAUGACACAAGAAUAUUUUUAGAAGCAUUACGUAAGCCAGAGGUGAAAUUUCCUCGUCCAACGGGUGAUAAGUACUAUGUUGUUGAUGCCGGGUACCCAAAUACCAGAGGCUAUCUUGCUCCUUAUAAAGGAAAUGAUGUUCGUUAUCAUAUACCUGAUUUUCGUCGAGGUCAAACAGCUGCCCAACGCGCUCCGAAAGGACUAAAAGAGACAUUUAACUACUAUCACUCAUCUUUAAGAAAUGUGAUCGAACGGACAUUUGGAGUAUGGAAGGCAAGGUGGGCAAUAUUAAAAGAUAUGCAUGUUAAUUACUCUUAUGAAACACAGGUCGACAUUGUGAUAGCAUCCAUGGCAAUUCACAACUACAUUAGAAUGAAAGGUCAUUUUGAUGAAGCAUUUAACAAAGCACAACAAGAAAUUUAUCGUCCAACUCGAGAUGUUGAAAAUGAUACAUCUAUCAGAAUUAAUGGAACACAAGAAGACAUAACUACACGUCGUAGGCAAGACGAUCUAUAUAUGAGUUUGUAA